GCGCGGACACUUCCGAUGCUGAGAGCUGCGGCCCCGGAACGGCCGGCCAGGAUCCAUGCCCCGGGAGGCCCCAGGACGUGCGGACGGCUGUCGGGCCACUUCCGGCGGGCUGGCAUUGAUGAAACAGGUGCCUAUUUAAUAGACAGAGACCCAACCUACUUUGGGCCAGUGCUGAACUAUCUCAGACAUGGAAAACUCGUUAUUAACAAGGACCUAGCAGAGGAAGGUGUUCUGGAAGAAGCUGAAUUCUACAACAUCACAUCACUAAUAAAAUUGGUGAAGGACAAAAUAAGAGAGAGAGACAGCAGAAUCUCACAGGUGCCGGUCAAACAUGUAUACAGGGUGCUGCAGUGUCAGGAGGAGGAGCUCACCCAAAUGGUCUCCACUAUGUCUGAUGGCUGGAAAUUUGAACAGUUGGUCAGUAUUGGUUCUUCCUAUAACUAUGGAAAUGAAGAUCAGGCUGAAUUUCUAUGUGUUGUCUCGAAAGAGCUGCAUAAUACCCCCUAUGGUACAACUAGCGAGCCCAGUGAAAAAGCAAAGAUUUUGCAAGAGCGAGGUUCCAGGAUGUGAAGACUAUAUUGACUACUGAAGAAUAUUUCUUUUAUUCCAAGAUGCAAUGAAUUGUCGUAUUGAAGAGGCUUGGCUAUGAGAGCAAGAAAUCUGCUUUAGAUAAUUUUCUAUUGAUCUGGGUUGAACCAUUUUUGCCUAUAAGCUGGUAUAGACUGAAUUUGCUGGCUGAAAACAUUGCAAGAUUAUUGAAUGGGAAUAGAUGAUGAGAGAGAGUGUUAAGUUUAGUUCCAGUGCAUGGUUGUACUCUCUCGUGGGCUGAAUUACAUUGGUCACAUAGAAAGAAACAAUCAUGCACUCCUAUUUUCCUCUAAAACAUGUAGCACUCACACCUGGUGCUGGAUGACCCAAUGUUGAUUAGUUUGAAAUGAUUUUGGUAUUAAUAAUUGUAAACAGUUAAAGGACACUGUACUUGGUGCUACAUAUCUAUUACAGCCCAUAAAUGCAAAUAUUUGGGCCUACAUAGUUGGUUUUGGAAUCAAUGGCAGCCCCAGCUUACUAUCUUAUACUGAACAUUCCUUAUGGCUCUGACACAUUUUCUGUUGGGUAAGAAAGGUAGGAGAUAACGUGAAAUGACCUUGUAAAAAGUCUUCCCACCCCCGCCCCUGAGAAAAGUUUCCCAUAAAUAAUGGGAGUAACAAUACUGACUGAGCUGAUGGCUUAUAUCAAUAGUCAAGGAGAAGAAUAAACUUGGAGAAAAUCUUUUUUUUUUUUUUUUCUGUCAAAAUAACUUCCUCCUUCAAAAGUUAGAUUCUAGUCUUAGCCAAAUGUUUGAAAGGAAAAUCAGAAUUUCUUAAAUUAAUGUCACAGCUGAACCUCUUGUGUCUUUUGAAAUGUUUGUUACUAACCAAGUGUUUAGCUGUACAUUUUAGAAAUGCCUACAAGUGUCAAGAAAUGCCCAAUUUAAAAAUAUGAAUUAAUUACUUUGAAUAAUUCAGGAUGUUUACAGUUCCUCUCUCUACAUUGUUUCAACUAUGCAGUUCUUUGUGAUGUUUCUAAGAAUGCUGCCUGAAAACAUUUUCACACAGCUGCAUUAGGACAGGCCUGUGGUAAAUGUUAGCACACAAGACUGGAGCUAUUUAGUGCAUUGUGUUUUAAACAAAACUAGAAGCACGACUCUUUUUUUUUUUUUAACAGAUUUAACGCAAUUGUGUAGAACUCUCAAUUUUUGCAGCUUUGUGGAGCAGCGGUUGAGAGUUUAAAGAAAAUUGUCAAAAAUGGUCUGGAAUUCUAAAAGCAUUUUAAACUUUCAUUCAGUAAUUUCAGAAUUUUUGCACAUGCCGUAUCUUCUACCAGUGAAAUGUGUAAUCUGCCACAUGAAAACCAGUUUCUCAAGCAUCUUGGAUCUACCUGUGUUUUAUAUCACUUAUUGGACAUUGAUAGGUGGGUGUAAACAAUUUGUAAAACCAUUUCAACAAAGCAGGUUAUGCAGUGGGCUAAAUGUUUUGCCCAUGCAUCUAAUGCUUGAAAGGGUUUGUAAUGCAUUUUGCUACUUGGAUGCGGUCUGCACAGAAAACUUCUGGCCUCUUCACAAGACCAAGUUAAUAUGUUUGUCUUUUUUUAAGAUGUUAGGACCUAACUGAAUUUACUAAAAUGUAACUAUUCUAUAGGGGGAAAUGUUUAUACUUUUAUACUUUUUUUUAGGCAUGCAUAUUUUAUCAUCCCAAAGUUAAUGCCUAAUUUUCCCCUAAAUAGUAACAGAUAAUCUUGUGUAUCUAAAGAUAAGCAUAGCUGUUGUUUGUCUUAAUGCAUAUUAAAGCAUUUCCUUUGCU